UGAGAGAGAGAGGGAGAGAGGAAGGCUAACAGAGUUGUAUAUUUGAAAUGCUUCCAAGUAAUAUCAUAGUAUACACUGAUAUAAUAUUUAAAUGAUUAUAUCUGAAUUGUAUUUAUUUAGAUUUGCAUCCUAUGACCUGCUGAUGAGAUUCUGGGCCUUAAUAGAGCCAUCACUGCCAAAUAUGGUCAGUGUGACACAAGCACAGAGAGGCACCUUUACAGAGCCAAGUUCCACUGUAACUCGUUUCCUGCAGCCCAUUGAUGAGAUGUUCAUGUUUCUCAAUUACCUGGCACUGGGUUCAAAACAGCGUGAUCUUGCUGACCGGUAUGGAGUCCACCAGUCCACAGUCAGUCGGAUCAUUACAACAUGGAGCAACUUUCUGUACACUGUGCUAGGGUCUGUGAGGAUCUGGAUACCAGAGGAGAAAAUAAGGGCACAUCUGCCAGCUGAGUUUAAGGACUAUGCAGACACUACAGUCAUCCUGGACUGCACAGAGCUAAGGUGCCAGUGCCCUUCAUCACCUCUUCUCCAAAGUGAAAUGUUCUCAGCAUACAAGUCCCACUGUACUCUCAAAGGGCUGCUUGGAGUGGCUCCUCAUGGGGCGGUCACAUUUAUUUCUCAACUGUACGCUGGUUCCAUCAGUGACAAACAGAUCACGCGUGAGUCUGGAAUUCUCUCCCUUUUGAGACCUGGAAUGGCCAUCAUGGUCGACCGAGGUUUUCUGGUUGAUGACCUUGUACCUUGCAAGAUUUAUAGGCCAGCAUUUCUCUCUGGAAGAUCCCAGAUGUCUGCCUGUGAGGUCAGGGAGACCCAAGCAAUUGCACCCCUCAGGGUGCAUGUUGAGCGCUUCAUACGGCGUGUUAAGAAACACAAGUUCUUUGACACAGAGAUUCCACUUCGGCUUUUUGGCAACAUUAAUCAGCUGUAUACUGUUGCAUGUCUUCUGACGAACUAUGAAAACGGGCCUCUUGUAAAGGCUUGGGCAAAGAAGCCAGAGUAGCAGCAGUAGAAAAAAAUAAAAAUUAAUAACCUAUGACCAUUUGUAUAACUACUUUCUUUAAAUGUACCUUUGUAAAUUACUUUGUAUAAAUUGAAUUUUAUAAUUAAUGUUAUGUAUGCACUGCUGUACAUUGCACAUACUCUUUGAAUAAAGAACUACUGAAUUA